UGUGUGUGUGUGUGUGUGUGUGUGAGAGAGAGAGUGAGUGAAUACAUCUUGAGGAUGAAGACAUCAGUCGAAGGUUUUGUAAUAGUUGAUAUUUGUUGAGUGUUGAUUUUGCGUCAGUUUUACGACACCGUACGGGUUAAUGUCGGAAAAAGUAAUGACCAGUGCGAAAAGUUAGCUAAAACAAAACAAAACAAAAAAACACACACACAAAACUUUCGGUUGUUUCGUUCAAACUAUGAAUGCGUAUUUCAUCUUUUGGAAUUUUUGUCCCCCCCCCCCCAGUACUGGGUACACUGAUAGUUUUACAUGUGUAGUUUAUCAUUUCUGUGCACACAAUCGUCCCUCAUUCACACAAAGCCACGAUAGAGAAACAGUGCAACUAUUUAGCCCAGCUAUAACGAGUACAACUGAUAAACCUGGCUCUUUGUUCUUUUCACCAUUUCUCAAAGCCUGUGUAUAAGUAUUAAUAAGCAACACAGGUGCUUUUGUUACUCCCACGGUGGAUUUUUGUUAACCCCUUUCUCUUUCUUUCUUUCUUUCUUUUUUGUUGUUGCUGUGGCCACAUGGUAAAGCCCUGACAAAAGAAUGAGAAAGACAAGCAACAGCUGGUCCUUUACUAAUUUAUUUAUUUUUUACUAUGUUAAACUAGUGUGCAUCCGAAGUGUGUGUGUGUGUGUGUUAGCAGUGAUUCUAACAAUUAUUCCACCACUGCCUUAUAAAACACAUGGACUUUUGACAGACACCUUUCUGUAGUUGAAGUUCAACAAGUGAUUCAUGCACUUUGUCGCCUUUUCUCUUCUGGUGGUUUCAGUUUGCUAUAGCAGGAUGAAAUGAAUGAAUGAAUGAAUGAAUGAAUGAAUGAAGGAAGAGUACUAGUAUAGAGUUGAUAUUUAAUGUGUACUAUCCAGGCUAUAGCUAGGAAUGCUAUGACAAAUAUAUUUGUGAAGCACGUUUAUUUUAGCAAGAGCACCACAACAAUGGGCUUGUAGUGAAGGAGAGAGAGAGAACCUUGUAUAAAUUCAACAGAUAACUCAACACUGAAGCUUUCUUCUUUGGAUUUUUUGUAACGGUCAUUUACAAGAGCUGAAGUUAAAAAGAGAAUUGUUCUGUAGUUUCUUUGAGAAAACGAACUCUUAAAGGAAAAGUCCACUCGAAAUGUGAAAUACAGUUGAGGCGAUACGUUUACAUACGCCUCACAGAAUCUGCAAAAUGUUCAUAGAGAUCAUAAAAAUUGCGUUUUGUUUAUUUAGUCCUGCGCUGAAUGAGCUAUUUCACAUAACGGACAUUUACAUAUAGUCCACAAGAUACAAUGAUUAACUGAAUGUAUACAAAAGUUUGCAUACCCUUGAUUAUUAAUACUGUGUGUCGUUACCUGGAUGAUCACCGACUGUGUUUAUGUUUUGUGAGCGUUCUUCAUGGGUCCCUUGUUUGUCCUGAGCAGUUAAACUGUUCAGAAAAAUCCUCCAGGUCCUACACAUUCUUUGCUUUUCCAGCAUCAUCUGCAUAUUGCAACAAAAAAGAGGGAUCAUAAAAAUUGCGUAUUGCUUUUGUAUUUUCCAGAAGCGACUAUAUGAUGUCGAGAUCCGUCUUUUCACACUGAGGACGACUGAGGGACUCGUACACGACUAUUACAAAAGGUGCAAACAUUCACUGAUGAUCAAGAAGGUUCUGCCUGCCAGGACAUAAUUCCUUUGUGUGAAUCACAAGAUAUCUGAAGAGAUUUCGUGUGUAAACGCCUGCUGGUGACAAGCCCUAACCUUUUUGUGUGGUUUAUCAUGAAACUCUCUGAGGAUCCCUUUUUUUUUUUUUUUUUUGAGCUUUGAGUGAAAUCUGACUAUUAGUUUGUUCUUUGGAAAAGGAGUUCCUGUUUGUGUCUUCCAAGAAUUGUAUUACAUGAGAGUGCCUCACAGAGCCUGUAGUCCCAAUACGUAUUUCCUAAAGGUGUUGAGUAAGGGUUGUCAUUGCCAUGCCCACACACCCACAUGUGGAGAGUCCUGAUGGGCUAGGCCAUGACGUCCUCAACCACAGCAGUGCCACUAUGCCUAGCUCUGGCUCCAGCUCCAGUAUAACAGCCCACGUGAGCCUGGCAGAGAAGGUUGAAACGCAGUUGGUAGUGCCAGUGCUAGGCGGCUCACCUCUGGCCUGCGUGUUCUGCGAGGAGACGUUUGAGCACGAGGAUGAUCUCGGGCCGCACCUCCUCUCUCGGCACCCCACCACGUUCCACGCUCCCGCCGUGCUGCGUGUUGAGACCGAGUUCUCAAUGCCCAGCGAGAGGAUUUGCCCCGAAACAUGCCAAAACGAGCCGAACGAGGAGCUGAGCUGUGACGUGUGUGGCCAAGCCACUGAAAAUAUUGCUGUACUCGAGGCGCACAUGCGGAAGCAUAAGGACUCCUUCAUUUACUCCUGCAGCCUGUGUGGCAGGCGCUUCAAGGAGCCAUGGUUCCUCAAGAAUCACAUGAGGACCCACGGCAAAUCCAAAUCCAGCAAGGGCCAGGAUGCCGAGGUGCCCAUUACUGUGAACGGCGUCGUCCAAGAUCGACCAGCAUCGCCUGUGAUGACAACUUACAAAAUGUGCAUGGUCUGUGGGUUUUUCUUCCUCAACAAGGAAGUGCUAGCAGAGCACAGCAAAGUGCACAAUCGGGAGCCAGAACCUGAGGAGAACGUGUGUAGUAAAAGCCAGCUGAAUCCGGAGGCGCCUGUCUCUCAAGAAUGCUUUCUUCAGUGCAUGAAUUUAAAGAGAACAUCUGAGAACGCUGAGCAAAAAUGCCAACCCGGGCGGUGGAUCCCGCAGCUGGACCCGUUCAACACCUACCAGGCCUGGCAGUUGGCUACCAAAGGCAAGAUUGCCGCAGGGCCGAACCUUAGCAAAGAGCUCAAUGCCGACUCCAAUUCUGACAACGAGGAGUCUGGUUCGGACAAAGAGGAGCUCGGCUCUAUCUGGGACUCUAGCGGUGGCGAUAAACUGGUGAGACGGGGCCUGAGGGGUGAGCUGAAGGCCAAACUCGGCGUUGGUGAUUUGGCAGAGCAGAAGAGUCUGAGUCUGCGCAAAGACAAGCCCACAGACUGCGAGGAGUGUGGCAAAACGUUCAGAACCUACCAUCAGCUGGUCCUGCACUCCCGAGUUCACAAAAGAGAGAGAGGAGGAGCAGAGAGCCCCACCACACCCGUAGAUGGGAGGACUCCGAGCGUCAGCUCUGCCGGGAGUCCAUCACUCGAUCGAGCGGAAGAUGGUUCUGAGGACGGCUAUGAAGAAGGUGUGCCUGUGGAAGCUUUCCAGUCAGAUAAAAUUGAAGAAGGCUCACACAAAAUCAAACUGAAAAUUCUUGCUCCGAGGAAGUGUUGUUACUGUGGCAAGACCUUCCGCUCCAACUAUUACCUCAAUAUUCAUCUCAGGACGCAUACAGGUGAAAAACCGUACAAAUGUGAAUACUGUGACUACGCUGCAGCUCAGAAGACCUCUCUGAGAUAUCACCUGGACCGACGUCACAAAGACAAGCCCUAUACCGAGAUCCCCAACAUUCCGGUGACGGCACCUGCUGCUAACAGUGCCAAGGGGCAAGAGUCUCCUAACAUAGACGACAAGCCAGCCUCAAAACCACCUAAACAGUGGCCUGCCCCCAGCGUUGUGUGCGCGAGCGUCAAACGUGAAGCAGUACCCAGCCAGGCAGGCGUUGCCAUCACCAGCCCUGUCAGCCGCAUCAAAGAGGAAUGUGGCAACAUGGCCGCCACGACUCCUUACACUCCUCCUAACGAGCCUCAUGUGAACGGCGCUUUCCCAAUCAACCUGAAGGCAGAGGGGAAAGAAGCCUCCGAGGCACCGUUAAACCUCUCCCUCAAAGCGUCUCUGUCUUUAUCUGCUACCUCCGUACCUAGGAAUAUGUUACAGACCAACACCUGCACUUCCUGUCCUUAUGAAACCCUCUAUCCCGAAGUCCUGCUUAUGCACAGGAAGCUUCUACAUAAGGAGAAGUCUGACACGAAAAAGACUUCCUACAGACCCCCACUAAAGCCCAAGCGCUAUACUGGGUGUCCCCCAGCGCUCGAAGGGAAAGACGUGGCCCCUUUGCCCCACAUCAACCGAAAACAUCCUCGCCGGACCAAAUCCCCAACACCCCAACCUGGAAAAUCUUCCAGACCUAAUCAGGACACGUGCAGGACUCUUCCAGGGAUCGGUACAAAGAAACCAGAGAUUUCAAAGGUGUCCCCUGCAAAAGAGAUCUGGAGAGAGCAGCAGAAAGCAACCCAGAGGUUCAGGGCUGCCGAAUCCGUUAUAAGCGUCCAAACUAAGUUUCCAGAGUCAGUGGUUGAAACCAACAAGAAAUUUCACUCUCCUGCUGUCUCGCAGAAGCCCGCUCCAGUUAAAAAUGGCGUUGUCUGGCCCUCAGAAGCAAACAGGCUAUGUCUGUCUGAUCGAUUCAGGAAGCUGGCACAAGCAGAUUUGGGUGAACCCUCCAGCAAGAGGUCGAGACCUUCCGAGACUCUGCAGGGCGCAGGCAGAAUCGCGGAGCUGCCCUCGGACAGGAACGCAAAAAACUUCCUGCCCUUGGCUUCUGUUCGUGUGGCACCCUCAGGAUCGGGGAGUAGCAUCGACGCUGACUGGAAUGUAAUCAACCUGCUGCGCACAUACACACCCAAUGAGCUGGCAUCGUUGUACCAACCCACUAUCCCAGGCUCCAGCCAUGCAGUGACCGGAAAUUCACCCGCUGCUGGAAGCAGGGCUCUGCCCUUCUCACAUUAUCCUGGUAACAUCAUUCAGCGCAGAAGCCACCCCAACCAUCCUGACACCACCUCUUAGAACAUGGUGUGAACAAUUUGGACAAAACCAACCACGGGAACUAUGACUGGAAGAAAAGUUUACUCCUGACACUACUUCUUGAGAAGGACCUGCGACCAAGAUGUGAUAUUAAGGCUGUGUGGGAGUGUUUCAUUUGUUAUCUCGACCUUGGAUACGAGGCAGAGCGAACUCAGAACUGGGCCUUGGACAGUGUUGCAUUUUAUGUCAUAACGUUCCAGUAUCAGUAUCACCAGUGUACAGAUGUGGUAUUGCACUUAACGCAAAAAUGCAACAUAUCAUGCACUCCUAUUUACUGUAAAAGUUUUGACAUGUUUCAAAAUCAAAUGCUUUGGGGCAGAGCUUUGAUGUGCCCGCAAUAUUCCAUCUAAUAAGUGCCUCUUCUUAUUGAUCGAAAUGCUGUUACACAAAGGUAGGAUAGACCAAAUAAACUUGACCCAUGUUCGGUUCGGAUAGAUAAACUAUAUUUUGUAACUGUUAAGACAUUUCUAUUCAGGCUCUGCUGAGAAAGGGUCGACCUGAUGCCAUGCAGCUUCUGGCAGUUUUCGAUAUUGCAAUUUAAAACGUUUCAGUUUUCCCCAUUUGUGCAAAUGAAAGCUGCUCUCUUUUUUUUUUUUUCUUUUCCUUUUCUCUUCUCAAAACUGUUUUGAGAGACACAAAAUAAUGGUGACGUACCGUGUACUCUCUUUGUAUGGGGACUUUGCUUGGAACCUCUCACUGUGACACGCAGACAUGGCAUCCUCAGGUCUGAUUGACGACAGAACUGGAACAGAUGGAUGAUUUGAACUCUCUGUGGAGGGCUUCCAUUGAUUCGAUGUUACAUUUUCACACACUUUGUUUGAUUUAUAUCCUUUUUCUUUUUGGUCAAGGAUAUAUAUUUAUUUUCCUAGUGAAUGUCUUGCUCUGUCUGUUUUAUGUGUGGAUAAGAUCGUGGAUGCCAUUCUGGCAUACUCGGAGCCUGUGAUAGUGGCUUAUUUACUGACCAACUUGUGUUAUGGUCUGCUUUUCAGAAACUACCUUUUCCACCUCCUCUACAGCCCUGCAGAUGCAUUGCUUCAUAGCACCAGAAUGUUAAUUUAUUUGCUGAUAUAUUUAGGAGGCUUUUGUGAGCUGCAUCAGAUAAACUUGAAAUAUGUUUUUUUUUUUUUUUUUUUGUUUUGAGUUUUUCUCUCUCUCUCUCUCUCUCUCUCUCUCACGUUGCGCUUUUUGUGUAAUCUGGGAGAAAUGUCUGCUGUCGGCGUUUAACACGCUGGCCACUAACGUGGCUCAAAUGGAGUAAUAUUUGUAUGUGUAGCUUGAGCGGUUGUCUAACCUCCUGUUGUGUCUCAGUAUUGGAUUCUCACAGUGUUUAAUAUUGUUUUUGCUUAACUAAGAUGGAUUACAUCACUGAUAUGUGCUAUAUGUUAAUGUGUUUUGAUUAUUCUGGCCUCCAUUGUUAUUUUUUUUUAUUAUUUUUCUGCACGUUCACUACUACUACUAAUAAUAAUUUGUACGAUCAGUUGGAGUGGUUUUUCUCCCUCAGUUCUUGGAACACUGAGCAGAUCAGUGUAAAUGCAAUAAAACUCGCCAGAGUUUCUACAGACUACAGUUCUACAGGAAAACACAAAUAUAACAUGAGCACAGCCGCGAAGGUUUCGGCUCUGUUGUUCAGUACGUACGUUCUUGUCUUUCCCAGUUUCCUAUGCCUUUGUAAACAUGCCCUCAUGAUACUUACGAGUGUAUUUCUGACUGUUCAGUUGCAGAAUAAAGCAAUGGUGUGUGCUAGAA